CAGGACGCUGGAGGUCGAGGAGCGGACGUCACGCCGCCGCGAGGAGCUCGCCCAAGACCUCCACGACCUGAGGGAGGAGGGGCUGCUGCUGCAGGAACAGCUGGCGGCCCAGCGGCGGGGCCUGAGGUACAGGCUUCGGGUGCAGCCUCAACGGGAGCGGCAGUACCUCCUGUUGGCCCUCGACGACGAGCGCGCCCGGCGCGAGGACGAGGCCGUCGCGGAGGCCGCGGCCACGGCCGCGCCGGGCGCGCUCGCCGACGGCGUCGCCGCCAGAGGCUUCGUGCGGGUAGCGGCGGAGGGCGGCCUCGAGGGACCGCCGCCCAGGCGCCCCGCCAGCGGGUCCGAGGACGGGGACUGGCCAGAGCCCGCUGUGUCAGACGUGCCAGGCGCGGGGUCCUCCCUGCUCGACGAGAUCGGGCUGUCGCCAGAGGCGAGCAGUGGAGCGAGCCCCCUGCUCAUCGGGUCGGUGGCGGCCGCCGGGGACUCGGGCGCCACUGGAAGACCAUGGCGCAGGCGAAGCAGCGCGCGCCGCGGGAGAGGAGGGCUUCGCUGGCGUCGUUCCGCCAGCAGGGGCUGCUGAAAUUCAACAGCAAGGGGAUCUGCCAGCCGAGGCCGAGCGGGACGCGUGGUGCUCGCGGGACCUUGCGCUGGCUGUUGCGGCAGGGCGUAGUAGCUAGGGGAGAUUUUGUCGCGCGUGGGGUGCGCUGGCCGAGGGGCGGCCCGGCGGCAUUGUGUAGUGUGUGUACAUAUGUGUACGUAUGCAGUCUAGCCAUGUUGAGGGGCGACGGCUAGGACCUCGUAGUCCAUUGAAUGUUGUGGAGCGCACUUGGGCGCGCUCGUGGUCCUACACCUCUCGCCCCCCCCCUCCC